AUGCCGAUGCUUGUGCUGACGGAGGAUCAGUCGAGGGCAGCGAUGGAUGCUGCGGACUCGGACCUGAAAUACCUCCUCACAGAGGUAGGGGUCGCUGAAGAGGUCCAAGCGGCCUUGUAUCACCGGGGUUUCACUACCCUGAGACUUUUCUCAGGGAUCGACGAGUCCAGGGCGGAGGUGAGGACCGCGAUCAAUGCAGAGAUCGGCCUCGACCAUGCGGCAGGUAAUGCCGAAAGGCGCAACACGGCCCUGCUGCUCAGCGCCUGGGAAACAGCUAGGACCCAGCAGAGGUCGAAUGAUGAGAACAGGGCAGAAGCCAGGGUGGCGAUGGUGCCGCGUCCAGUCCCGGGCAACGAGCAUGCCAUGCUCCGGGAAGCUCUUGAGGCCCAGAUCGGCCGACUGAGGGACUAUGAGGUGCCAGCCAAGAGCCUCAUAGCGGCCAAGCUGGACGACAUCGAGUCCAAUAUGCCAAAGCUGGAAGACCUGCGUGACGUGGCAUCGGUGGAAGAUGGUGAAGCGGACCUCCUACAAGGGAGCUUGGACGCCGCGACGGGGACUUUCAAGAUGAAAGCGGCCAGGAAUGCCAUCACGAUGCCCAAGACCGCAGAGGAGCUACGCCUACGCCACCGACGUAUUGGGCUGGCAUGGGAGAUGGCCCGUACAAAGCAUAGAAACCGGGUCUGGCUCCAGGGCGGCUUGGUGGAGGCAUAUCGCCAUUUGAGCGAUCAUGUGCUUGGAAAGCACGUCUACGGGCUACAGCUUCCUCACGAACAACGACCCAAAUGGGAGCUGAUACUCAGUUAUGAGCAAGAGGUCAGGAAGAGGGCCUAUCAACUCCUCAGGAGGGGAGACGAGCCCACGUUGGAGGAGGCCAUGAAGAAGGCCAUCGGGGACCCGGAGACGAUGAACCUCCACUUCGUGGUGCCGCUGACGACGAGCCUUGCGUCGAGCUCUAGCAGUGGAGCUCGGGCUACGAGUGCAUCAGCCAAACCAGGGGCAGCAGGCCCGUCCGGCGGCAACAAAGGCGCCAAAGGCGGCGGACGCAACGCCAAGCCGGUGAAGAAACUCCAGGUGAAGACCCCUGAUGGAAGGUGGCAAGAGCUCAUCACCAAGAUCAGAAACGGGGAAUUUGACAUCCUCAUCAUGUCCCCACCGUGCUCAACAUGGUCGAGGGCAGUGUGGGCGAACCGCUUGGGGCCCAAGCCGGUCCGGUCAAGGGAAUUCCCGUUUGGUUUCCCAUGGCUGAAGGGCGAUCUCAAAGAGAAAGCAGAGCUGGGAACGCUGUUGGUGAUGCGAUGCAUAGAGACGCUGGAGACAGCCCCAGCCACAACGGUCUGUCUCUGGGAGCAUCCAGAGGACCUCGGGAGGUCACGCAAUGGAACACCGGCAAGUGUCUGGCAGCUGGAAGCCCUAAGGGCGGUUGCAAAGAAACGGGGCAUGGAAUCCAUUGUAUUCCACCAAUGUACCUAUGGGGCGGACUAUCCUAAGCCCACCAGGUUCCUUAGCGAAGCAGACGGUUUGCUGCAGCUGGGAUUUAGUGGCUGGCCAAUAUUUAGUAAGGACUUCUACUACUUGGGACCGUUGCCACGAUCCUGCGGCCAUGCCCACCGAGCUCUUAUUGGAGCCAACGACACCGGUGGUUUCAAAACAGCCCCAACCGCAGCAUACCCACCACAAAUGAACGAAAUGAUUGCCACGCUGCUGUUCCAGCAUUGGCACAAACACCUACCACCGACGCCAGAUGGAGGGGGUGUCGAGAAAAUCGCGGUGUCCGGCGUGGAAAAUCGCCAGGAGGGGGACCUGGAAAAGGAAGUUGAGGCCGGAAAGGCCCGAGCAACAGAAGAACCCCCUGAAGACCCAGCCCGGGAGCUGGCAGGUCGAGGUGGCAGCUACCCAAUGAGGGGACCCGGCCAGAGGUUGUUCCAUGAUGGGGCGGGUCUAUGCUCACAAGGCAACAAGAGACCGGCGUUCAGAGACAUCUCGCCGAUGAGCAGCUUGGGAGAGGAGUUCUUGAAGUUGACUUCCGAGAAGGAGUUGAGGAACGACCUCUACAGACUGGCCCUUGGGAAAUGUGAAGGGCCGCCAUUCCGUGAAGGCAUCGUGGACGCUGCAAGGAAAGCCUGGUUGACACGCCUCUCAGAGGCCUCGGGGGCGACAAUGGAGGACCUGACCGUGGUGACGCCUAGACAGCCCUUUUGGCUGGCAGCCCUUGGAGAACACCUCAGGGUCAUAGGCGAUCCCGACGCAGAUGUGUUUGGAGGAGGACCGGGCACCUUCAGAACCGGGGUAGAAUUGGGGCUCCAGGGGAUGCCAAGGGUGCCGGAGGUCUUCGAGGCCAAAGAGAAGUGGAGGAAGUAUGACCCCAUCCCUUGGCCUACGGACAAAGGCAACUACACCUCAGCGGUGGAUAAUGCCCUGGCGGUACAAAGGCAGUUCCGCAAGGAAGAAGCCCUAGGAGCCAUGAUCGAGGUCGAAGAGGAGGAAGCAAGGAGGGAUUAUGGACCCAAGCUCAGGGUAGCAGUCCUGGCAGCCUUGGAGAAGGCUGAUCACUCCUUUCGGGUGGUGCACGAUGCCACGCACAAUGUUGGAGUCAACUCCCAGAUUAAGGUGGAGGAUCAGUUGAGGUACCCCGGGCCGGCUGAGAUCAAGAUGGCGAUGCAGGCCCUGUACCCACCGACAUUUGUGCUGGCGGCAGACAUUGCCCGGGCACACCGCUUGGUCCUGGUGAGCAAAGGGGACUGGGGGUACCAGGCCUGCCGCACCGGAGUCAAUGACCAGGGCGGAGAGAGCACCAAGAUAUGGCUCAACACAGUGGGCACCUUUGGAGUUACGUCGGCCAGCUACCAUUUCACCAGGUUGUUUGCGGCGGUCACGAGAUGUGCCCAUUCGCUCUUGGCCAGACGCAGCAGCUGCCAGCUGACGUACGUGGACGACUUGCUCUUCAUGGCCAAUGGACUGGGGGGAAUGUCAGCCAUAUGGGUUACGCUCUUGUUCUUGGUGGUGGUGGGAACCCCCUUUGCUUGGCGGAAAUUCCAAGGAGGCUCCAGGGCCGAAUGGAUUGGAUUCCAGGUUGACAUAGCGGCGUGCGAGCUGGGCAUGACUGAAAAGCGGCUACGUUGGGCCCGAGACUGGAUGGAGAAGACGGUGGCCAACAAAGUGGUUAGGGUGGAGGAGUUUAGGUCGGCGCUUGGCCGGCUAGCUUUCAUGAUGUCGGCCUUCGGACACCUGAAGCCAUUCCUGGGCCCACUAUACAGCUGGGUCACCGCAGUGGAUCACUGCAAUACGCUACAGGUACCAGCGGCAGUCAUCAUGAUCCUGGGCUUCCUCAAGGCGACAAUGGUGCCUAAGAUAGCCCGCACGAAGGUGAGAUUGACACCGGAAGUGGAGGAAGAACAUGCGUUCAGAUCGGACGCAAAGGCGGAGGGAGAGACUGUGGUGAUUGGAGGAUGGUGCUGCAGUGAUUCGCCGGACAGGGCGAAAUGCCGGUGGUUCUCGGUCAAGCUUGACAGGAGGAACGCACCUUGGGUGUUUGAGUCCGGGGAGCCUUACCGGGCGAUCGCUUCGCUUGAACUCCUGGGCACCCUAGCUUCGAUUGUGGCGUUCCCUCCGCGCCGAGGCAGCUCCAGGAAAUUCUUCCUCUCAGCCGGGACGGACAAUCUUGGAAACCGUCACCUGGUCACAAGACUGCUCACCACGAAAUUUCCCCUCUGUGUGGUGCUUAUGCAGUUGGCGUGGACCCUACAUUGCAGGGAUUUGGAACUCCGGUUGGAUUGGUUCCCGAGAUUACAAAACAGAGAAGCAGAUGCCCUGACAAAUGGGGACUUUAGCGGCUUCAGUGCAGAGUUGAGGAUCGAGAUCAAGCCGGAGGAGUUGCUGGAGGACCAGUUCAAGGACUUGAUGGAGAAAGGGGCCGAGCUCUUUGAUGAAGUCAAGGAGCUCCGCCGGAAACGAAAGGAGGGUAUGAUGAAGUCAUUACCCUCGAGCAAAAGGCCCAAAGGGGCGAACUUGAUUGGGCCGUGGUGA